AUGAGCGGCAGCGUUUUUUCCGAGACCCUGCAGCAGAUCACUGACACAAAGCUCGACGAGCUCUCCAAAAAGCGCGCUGCCUUUGAAGAGGACAAGGCAUCGGCACUCUCAUCCAUAAAAUCUCAGUCAGACCCCAUCGAACGACUGGUCCUUCUAAGUGAUGGGGUCAAGAAGUCGUUCGGCAUCAAGCUAGACGGGAAUGCCAAGGUCACCACAGGCCUGACGAGGCACCCCCGCCUCGAGGUACAGCUCAAGAACCUCGACCGCUUCCUCGCACAGGCCCGUCAAGAUCCAUCAGUGUCUACCAAGACUCUCUCAGAUUGGGAGAAGGAUCUUCUGCGCCAUCUUGAGGUCCAGUCGCUCAAGUACCAGUAUGCCUCUCUCUAUGGACAGUUGGUAACCGAAUGGCUUUCGGGUGACCAAAAGAGCACAGCAGAGAAAAGCGAGGACACUGAGAUGGGCGACGCAUUUGAGGAUGAAUGGGAAAGCAAGGCCUUCGAGCCGGCCCACGUCGACGUCGGCUUACUCAACAAGUACCUCGAGAGCGUCUUCGGGCUUUCCUCCUCGGCUCGCGGCGAAGAUCGAAACAAGAAAUUGCAGGCUCUUCAAAAACUGCGAGAAGCAGUCCAAGCCUUCGAGGUCGAGAUUUCUCGCCCUGGCCAGCUGGACCGGUACAGCCUCGUGUGGACCAUCCGAGGCCUGAUGGCUUCCGACUUGUUGACCAACGAGAAACGCGAGGUCCUCAAGGACUUCUUGGGAAAUCACGUCAUCUUGUCUGAAAUCUCCGAUGUCCUCAACCUGCGCCUGGCCGCCCUUGGGUCAUGGAAAUGGGGCUCUGAUGGUGUCCCCGUUGAACAGCACCGCAAGAUAAGCGGGGUAUUCGCCGUCCAGAUGCACGAAGACCUUCUUCAGAGCAUCUUCCUUCAAUACAUCGGUGUCAAGUGGUCUGUCUUCUUCAGAGAUGCGUUUGUCUCGUUCCGAAAGGAGGACAGCGCCUGGGCUUCUCUCUACAAAGAAAUACCAGAGCUGGACAAGAAGCGACUGGAGUACUAUCUUGGACGAGUACCCCGUCGCCGCAGUCUGCAAAAAGAGCGUCAAAAGAUACACAGCAGCGACUACUUCGUCGCGAAGCUAUUGAAACGCGUGGACGACGUUAAGGAGAUGGCGGACGGAGAGGUGGAAGCCGAGUAUGAGGAAGUCUCAACCCAGUACAGGACGAUGUACAAGCGAAGAAAGGUUGGUGCUAGGUCAGCCAGGAGAGCGAGGGCUUGCCCGAGCCUAAGAGCAGACUUCAGCGCCUUUGAGGCCGAUGAUUAUGAAGCGAGUUCCCCCGUUGCUGAUGGUCUAGAGUCCGAUGUAGAUGAAGACGACGAGCACAAUUCUCCGGGGCAAGGAAAAACACUCAUGCAGCUGAAACAGCAGGUCGUUCACCUCAUUUCCACUGAGGUUGCUAUCAACACGAGGCUGCAUGGCGAGCUCACGGCAUUCCAUGCUGUAUUUGAGGACUGGGAGUCGCUCCUGCCGCAUGAGACGAUCUGCACUGUCCUGCGCUUCCUCGGGGUCUCGCAGCACUGGCUUGGAUUCUUCGAGCAGUAUCUCCAGGCUCCGCUCCGGUUCAUUGACGAGGACCAGGCUUCUUCCAAAGUCCGGCGCCGUGGUGUUCCCUCCUCACACGCGCUCAGUGACGUCUUGGGCGAGACUGUUCUAUUCUGCCUGGACUUGGCAGUCAAUCAGGCAGCUUCUGGCCAGCCCUUGUGGCGGUACGGUGAUGACCUGUGGUUCUGGUCCCCCAAUCACAACACAGGUGUCGACGCCUGGAAGGCCGUUGAGCGCUUCACCGACGCGACCGGCACUUCUGUCAACGAUAGAAAGACUGGCACUGUUCGCAUAUCCAAGGAUAAAAGUUCUCAGCUCAGCAUCGACCAAAGACUUCCUGAAGGAGAUAUUCGGUGGGGCUUUCUUUUCCUGUCGCCCCAGACGGGGCGAUUCGAGAUUGACCACAAGAUGGUCGACUCGCACAUUGACGAACUCCGGAAGCAGCUCAACGACAAGAGCAGCAUCUUUAGCUUCAUCCAGACCUGGAAUGCAUUCGCGGCCAAGUUCUUCUCCUCGAACUUUGGGAAGUCUGCAAACUGUUUCGGACGCCAACACGUCGACGACAUGCUCGCGACGCACAAGCGCAUCCAGCAGCAGAUAUUCUCCUCCGGCUCCGGCGCGGGCGGGAUGGGCAAGUCCUCCAGCAUCAUUGACCACCUGAGGAAGACGAUCCAGCAGCGCUUCGGCAUUGCCGAUGUCCCCGACGGCUACUUCUACUUCCCGGUGGCGCUGGGCGGGCUAGACCUCCAGUCUCCCUUUAUACCACUGCUCCAGAUCCGGGACUCGGUGCUCGAGUCGCAGGACAAGCUCUUCGAGCAAAUGCUCGAGGCGGAGAAGGAAGCCUACAACCGCUUCAAGCACCAGUUCGAACGUAGCAAGGUCCACCGGCUCCGGGACGGCGAGCUGGGCGCGUGGCAGCCCGAGCUGAAGCAAGACCGGGACAACUUCUUCCAUGCUGCCGAGUUCGUGGGCCACCGCGAGGACCUGGGCGUGAUUCCUGACGAGCACGCACCCCAGGAUCUUCUGUGGGUGUUCCAGCAGCUCAUGGCGCAGCCGACCGAGGAAAGCAUCGACCACGUCAGCGAGCUCGAGACGGCGCUCGGGGAGGUUCCCGCGGGCGGACAGGCCAUCAAGCCUAUCUGGCAUGACAUGGACGCGACCUGGCGCUGGAUCACGGCCAUGUACGGGCCGGAGAUUAUCGAGCGAUUUGGCGGGCUGAGUAUUGUCGACCCAGGAUUGUUGCCCAUGGGCAUGGUUGGACUUUUGAGGGAGAAGCGAGUCACAUGGCAGGGUUAG